UUCUAAAACUGUAAGCCAAACAAAAAAUAGUGCAUUUUGAUUAAAGGAAUGUAUGUUGCUUAUUGUAAUUCAUGUACUGAAUAAUACUAUUUUUUGUAUUUACCUUGUGGAGGAACCAAACAAUUCUGCUUUCCGUUAGAGUGGCAAAAAUACAAAAAGAUGAUGAUGGUCACGCCGAUAGCAACAUUUACAGAAACCAGAAAAUUGCUUCUAACUUGAACAAUGCAAUUUUUGGGUUAUAUUUGUAAAAAGAGGCGCAGAAGAUGAAGAAAAGGGUGUUGGAGAAGGAACUAUGUGUCAUAUUCCCUAUUUCAGGAACUGUCAAGCUUGUUGAAGAAACAAGAAGCUCCAAACUAAGCUCCAUAACUGAUCACACAACUAGCGUCAAGCUAAGCUCCAAUGUUAUAAAAAUAUUCCUGGUUGCAGAAAUCAAUAGGUGGAAUUCCAGAUACUGGAGGCCAAGACAGUAGUUGCAAGAUGGCUAAGUGCCGGAGGGGCCAAGUAAUUAUAGAACAGUAGGACAUUUCUGUACGGGGAAGACCAAGGGCCUAAAAUUUUUUGUAGUCAAAAGAACCUAUCUUAAAAGUCUGUAUUAGGCGUCUCUGGUUUGACUUGUGUUACAAGUAGCAAGGAUGGUGCUGGGUAUAGACUAUUGAUGGGAUUCAAGAGAGCACCUACCUUGUUGCGGUCUUGCCAAGGCAAGGAAUCACAGGUGAACUGCCGCAAUAUAGUUAAAGGAUUUGGUAAAAAAGGAACUGAUGAGGAACUUCCAAGUCAGUCUCGCUCAACGGAACACCCACGCACAUGUCAAAAAAGAAAAAGUAAAAAAGUAGCUGCUGCACUUGAUUCAGCUGUUCUGCUACGACGUUCUGCUCGCCUCCGCGGACUGUCAAAUAAAAGGAAUGGCAAAUCAGAUGGAAAGUUAAACUCGGUUGACUUUGACUGCUACCUGGAGAACAUAUGGAGGGAACUACCAGAGGAUAAGAAAAGUUCAUUUACAUACCUUGAGUCCAUGUGGUUUUAUUUAUACACAACCAAACUAUUCAAGGCUAAGGUGUUGAGGUGGAUUAAGGGGCUAGACAUAUUCUCGAAAAAAUAUGUUUUUGUUCCCAUCGUUCUCUGGGAUCAUUGGUGUCUUUUGAUCUUUUGCAAUCUCGGCGGAAGUUUAGAGUCGGAAUCCAAAACUCCCUGUAUGUUGUUACUGGAUUCACUGCAUAUGGCAGGACCCUCGCCAUAUGAAUCUGAGAUAAGAAAAUUUGUUUUGGACAUUUUCAAAAAUGAAGAGAGGCCAGAGAGCCAGCAGCUGAUUAAGAAAAUCAAGUUAUUGAUUCCUAAGGUGCCGCAGCAGACAAAUGGUACGGACUGCGGUAAAUUUGCUUUGUACUUCAUUAGCCUUUUCCUAGAGAGCGCUCCGGAAAACUUUAGCAUUUCUGAAGGCUACCCUUACUUUAUGAAGAGAGACUGGUUUACUCCUGACCAGUUAGAAAGCUUUUGGCUGGAAUUGCCAACUCUGACCAAGGAUUCUUCUGAGGACAUGAAGAACACAGCAGUCUCUGGUGAAAGCGUCUCAGGUUCUGAGGAUGCUAUUAUAUAUCUGGUAUAGACAUUGUGGGUAAGAAGUAAAAUAGAGAGAUAUAUUGAUACUAUUGGAAGGACAAGUAACUAUGGAUCAUUGGGAUAUUUAAGUUUGUCUAUUUUAUUCUAUAUUCGCUCUUUUUUUUUUUUUUUUUUUUUUUUUUUUUUUUUUUUCCGGUCAAGGGAAAAAAGGUCAAAAUGAGGACUUCUACAGUUUUUGCACUAGAAACAGAAAACAAUUUCUAUUAGUCUUGCUCAACUUUGUUAGACCUUAUAGCUGAAUGCAAAUUGAAGUGUGUGUA